AUGCCGAGCACCGACGACUACAUUAAAUUAGGCACUCAAUUCGUUUUCACAAACUUUGUGCAGAACAUGUUUCCGUUCUUUAGAGGUUUUUGUUUUGAAGAAUCCUUUCGAAAAAAUCAAAAUACCAUUUUCACAGCAGCACCGAAGAAAAGAAAAAGGUUAAGCCACCUAGGGGACUCGAACCCCUGACCGUUAGAUUAAAAGUCUAACGCUCUACCAACUGAGCUAAGGAGGCUCACACUGCCAAAGUCGCGUGACGCCCACAACAUCUCCUGCCUUUACGGUCCAAUAGGGUAGGAUGCUCUGAAAAAAUUUCACCGAUAUCAACUCAGACGUUUGUUUCUAUUGAAAUCAGGCCAGAUGUUGAAAUAUUAAAACCUAAAAGUCCGGCCGGCUGUCUUCUUUCGAGAUUAUGAUAAUUUAUACAUAACAUCAUUGAAAAAUUGUUGUCCUUGUUCAUUUGUAGUGUGUGAAAGAAAAAAAAAAUCCAUCGGAUAAUUUUUACACAGUGUAAAUAAACACUUUCGGUAAGAUAAACAAUUCCGUUAAGGUUGUGAUUCUUGACGAAACUUCUAAUAAGAUAAGGAACGGUUCUCUUUGAAGUAUUAUUGUUGACACACUUUCUCUCUUCUUCUCAUAAAAACGAACCGUUUCUUCUAGGUGAUAAAAAACUCGUUAGCUUGUAGUCAACAAGUCUGUCGAUACUUUUGAAUAGAUCAAUGAAGGCUUUUCGAUUCUAAAAAUUACUGAUCGAAACCGAGUUAUCACUGGAGUCUUGUGAAAAACUAUUGGUUGAGUAGAAAGAAUAUGUAUUUUAUUUACUUUUCACUUCAGCCUCCUACUCGUGAGAAAAGACUUGAAAAUCACAGGGCCGCAGGGGGCGUGGCGUUUAUCCCGGGAAUUCCCAGUUCUUGAGCUUAUAUUUGCUUUUCUAUACACUCUGAGAGACAUUCAUGGGUUCAGAAGAAGUCGUUGGGCUGUACGAGCUACGAAAUGAGGUAAUUAUUGAAUAAUUAAAUUAUAGAAACCCCCAAAAAAAAACAGUUGGUUACCAACCGGAAAAAUGUUGUCAUUACGAGUUGAACACCUUGUUCGAAGUUUGAAAGAAAAAAAUUUGAAUGAAUUCCUGUUCAGCAGUAAAUCUUUCCUUUCAAAAAUAAAUUUAAAGGAUAAAUUCGAAAGUUUACGUUCAAGAACUUGUUCGUGUGGGAAGGAGUUUGUGCAAUCGCAGAAGAAGACGAAUCUACCAAUUUUUUCAAGGCGGUCGGCGGAAACGUCCUGCACUUCGUUGUGAAACUCCCACAGUUCUCGCAGGUCUCCUUGAUUUUUUUAAAAUUUUUUCCAGUUCCUUCUGAACUAGACACCAAUAGGUAAAAUGAAGCAAAAUGAAGAUAAAUUACCUAACAACUUUAAUAAUAUUUAAUUUUAUUCACGGAUCUGUGUGAACCCUGACGAACUAAUUUGAAUGUGAAGCUUCGAGAAGAUAGAAUUUAACGUGAAUUGAGUCUUGAAUAAGUAGAUAAACUUCACUUGAGGCGAGACUCAAAAAAUUUAAAACAUGAAAAAAACUGAAUUUCGAAAACUUUAGCAGAACUCUUUGUUUUCAUGGAUUCUUAUGGAAUAUAAGAUAAUUUGCGAAUUUAGAAAAAAAAACUUCUGCGAUUUAAGAUAACAUCUGAAGGCUAUUGGAAUUGUGUGGAGAUCAGUGGGAGAAUUUUUGGCCACGCGGAAGUUUACUAUCAUGCCACCGACCCAGAGACUGCAGGACUCGUCCUUGAAGUGAGCCGCUUUUCAUUCUUUUCCCGUUUCAUUCUUCCAAACUAUGUUCGCUUUAUCAGGAUGUUUUACGAUGGAAAAAGCAGAACUCUUUCCUGAAGCUCUCGGUUCGCCUCGACCCAGAUCCUUUGAGAGAGCGGACUUCGUCCGAGGCCGAGGCCCGAGUUCAGAGUUGGGCUUCGCUGGUCGAAAACUUCAGCCAUGACUGGACUGUCGUCCGCGACUUCAACAUGCUUUCCUGA